GCCACUGUACUACUUGGGUAAUGAGUACUAAUAACUUUAAGUGCGUGUAAAUAUCGCCUAACCAAAGCCUAACGCGGCAUUCACCUUUGGCUUCCGACUACGUCAAUGUCUUCAGGGACCGACUCGCCGACGCCUGAGUUUCUUGCAGCAGCAGCUCAACGCCGUAAUGCUACGGCAGGACAAGUAAUUCCUGAAUCUCAACUCCUUCGACAACAUGAACUGCGGCAGAUGUUUCGGCGCCUGAUUGAUCCUGGUAUAUGUCGGCCUAAUUCCCAAGAGGCGGCCAUGACUUCCUUGAAGACGUUAUCGAGGAUUGCUGAGAACCUGCUACGAGAGCCUGAAAACCCCAAGUUCCGGCAGUUCAAACCGAUAAAUGACACGAUCAAACGGCGCCUGAUUGAAACUAAGGGUGCGCUGGAGUAUGCAAUUCAGAUGGGGUUCCGUCCAGAAGUGAAGGAAUUUCAGCCCCUCUACAUCUGGAAUGAGCGCAAAAGCGAAGAAUUGCACAUUGGCGCUCAAAUAUUGCAAGAGGUUAUAGAUCUGGCUGAACAAAAAUCAGCUAGGUCUCAAAGAAAUGCGGCUGAAGCGAAGGCUGCUGCCGAUGCUGUCACACGAAAUGUUCUAUUAGCUUUCAUGGAUGAUCGCAAAACCAAGAUGCUUCGUGACCAACGCGAUCGCCACACUCGCGAAGCACAAGUCACAGCCCAUCGCUCUUCGAGUGUAGAUAGGGAGAUAGCUAUGUCUCCUUCCCCACCGCCCUCCAAUGUCGAAAUGCCGGGCACUGGUCAUGUUUUAUCAUCUGACCCCGUAGUAGAUGGGCCUGCCCCGUACCAUGACUGAAAGUUUUCCACCCCUGCUGAUUUAACAUGCUUACAUUUA